AUGGAGUCCAACGUGUCUGGCAACGCGUGCUCCUCGGCAGUGGGACCCGGGUCGGAGCCAGAGCUGGAGCCCGGGCGAGUGCUGCACUCCGGGCCGCACGCUGGCCACUUCUCGGUACCCGAGGCCGCGCUGCUGGCGGCACUCAUGGCUCUGCUGGCGCUGGCCACGGUGCUGGGCAACGCGCUAGUCGUGGUGGCCUUCGCCGUGGACCGCAGCCUGCGCUCCCGUGGCAACUUCUUCUUCCUCAACUUGGCAGUGGCCGAUCUGCUGGUGGGAGGCGUCUGCAUCCCACUGUACAUCCCCUAUGUCCUGACCGGGAAGUGGAAGUUGGGGAAGACGCUGUGUAAAGUGUGGCUGGUGACGGAUUACCUUGUGUGCACCGCCUCGGUCUUCAACAUCGUCCUCAUCAGCUAUGACAGGUUCCUGUCCGUCACCAAGGCGGUGACUUACAGGGCCCAGAAGGACAUGACCAGGAAUGCCAUCGUGAAGAUGGCACUGGUGUGGGUGGCAGCAUUCCUCCUCUACGGUCCCGCCAUCAUCAGCUGGGAGUACAUGGCCAAUAAAAGCAUCCUGCCCCAGGGACAGUGCUAUGCUGAAUUCUUCUACAACUGGUAUUUCCUGAUGACAGCCUCCACCAUUGAAUUCUUCACUCCCUUCAUCAGCGUCACCUACUUCAGCUUGAGUAUCUAUGCCAGCAUUCGGAAGCGUGCCUCCUUGAAGAAGGACAACAGCGCUCCCAGCCAAGACGGCUUGGAGAUGGACUUGAAGGGGAAACAAAAGAAGCACAUCAUGUUUUUUAAGUCAGCAGAGAGGAAGAGCAGGAAGAGAAAAGAUCCAGACACCUCCCUCAGGCACCAGAGUCUUUCCUUGGACGUUCCUGGGGCUCGGGAUUUACCCCCUCUGCAGGUGGAUGGCAGAAUGAAAACAACAUGGCCACAGCAGAACCACUACAGGGCCAGGGAGCGGGUCUGCAGUGUCCCAGGUCAGCUGGACCUCGCCAGCACCGUUGCCAGCCGCCUGCGGCUCUCCCGAGACAGGCGAGUGGCUAAGUCACUGGCCAUCAUCGUGUGUGUGUUUGGCCUGUGCUGGGCUCCCUACACUUUGCUCAUGAUCAUCCGAGCUGCCUGCCAUGGGACGUGCAUCCGGCACUCGCUCUAUGAAACAUCCUUCUGGCUCCUUUGGCUGAACUCGGCUAUCAACCCUGUCCUGUACCCACUGUGCCACAUGAGUUUCAGAAAAGCAUUCAUUAAACUGCUGUGCCCUGGAAAGGCCAAGAUUCACCCUCACAUAUACAUGUGA